AUGAACGGGCCGGGUGGUGCGGGUGGUGCGGGUGGUGCGGGCGGCGGGGGCGGCGCUGUAAGCGGCGCGGUGGGCGGCGCGGUGGGCGGCGCGGUGGGCAGCGGGGCAGGCGGGGGCGGCGGGGCGGGCGGCGUCGGGGCAGGCGGGGGCGGCGCGGGGGGCGGCGCGGAGCGUGCGCCGCUCGCGCUCGCAAGACCCGCGAGCAUUCGUGCUUCCGGAUCUUUAGCAUGCCCCUUUCCUCGGCGGAGGGAUAAUCUGUUGGUUCUGUUGGGUACGGGCCGCGUAGACAAGCUGGAUAGCUCGUUCUCGCGCUCGCGUUCGAGCAGCAUGUCCAGCUUAGAGAACAUCUCCCAAGAGGGCAUCCAGUGCCUUGCCUUCGCAGACAGUUACACCAAAAAGUCAGACCCCACGAGUUUGUUACCAACUCUGUGGAUCGGCACGACAUUGGGCUCAGUCUUAACAAUGAUGAUCAACCUCCCUGAAGCUGAUCUCAGACACACACAAUCUGUAGUUAUUACUACAAGCGGUGGACCUAUCUUAAGGCUCAAGGGUUCUAUAUUAACGAUGUCUUUCUUGGACUGUAAUGGUGCUUUAAUCCCUUAUUCAUAUGAAAGUUGGAAGGAUGACAGUAAAGAGGGUCGGGAGGGGCGGGAAGGGAGGGAGAAGCGGGAACGCACUCCCACUAAGCAGGGCUCGGGUAGCCGCACCAGCCCCGUGCCCGCGGUGGACGGCGACCGCCAGUUCGUGGUGCUGGCCUCCGAGAAGCAGGCGCGAGUCGUGGCGCUGCCCAGCCAGAACUGCGUCUACCGCCAGCAGAUCGUCGACACUGACUUCGUAGUCAAGUCGGAGACCGUCAGUCUCAAAGACAGCGUCUGCUUAGUGAAUUACCUGUCGACGGGACACUUGGUGGCGUACAGCCUGCCCUCGCUGCGACCGCUUAUAGACGUGGACUUCUUACCGCUCACCGAACUCAGGAUAGCGAAGACAUUCUGCUUCAGCAACCGCGGGCACGGACUGUACCUCGCCUCGCCCACUGAGAUACAGAAGUUUACCAUCGAUGCUGAAUUCUGUCAACAACUUAAUGAGAUGCUGGGGGAGCUGUUCCUCCCGCGGGAUAUGCCUGAACCUCCGAAAGAGAGCUUUUUUAAAGGACUGUUCGGCGGGGGUGCCCGGCCGCUGGAUCGUGAAGAGCUUUUCGGCGAGAGUAGCGGCAAGCCGAAUCGUGCGGUCGCGAGGGCGGUGGGCGCGGGCGGCGUGGCCGAAGCGGGCGCGCGCGCGGGCGCGGCUGCGAGUGAGGUAGCGCGCGCGCACCAGCAGGUGCUAGAGCGCGGUGACAAGCUGUCGCAGCUGGAGGACCGCACCGAGCGCAUGCACUCGCACGCCGCAGAGUUCUCCUCCUCCGCGCACCACCUCAUGCUCAAAUACAAGGACAAGAAGUGGUACCAGCUGUGA